CAAUUAUGAAUUAUGAAAAUUUGUUAACAAUAAAUUAACUAAUAAGUAUGUAUGAAAAACAUAAGCGCGUUAAAGUUUAGUUUGAAUUUAUUGAAUGGUCUGAAGCUCGCGCGCUACACAACGUUGCCAAAUGUUCUGACGCCAUUUAAAUGUAGGUUACUUAAAAAUUUUCUGUGAUUUUAUAAUCAUAAUUUCUCCAUAAAUUCCACGGCAACCUAUAUAUUUUAUUGCAAAAAAUCAAACCUGAAUAUUUCGUAAACCUUAUUUUGAGUUUUUUUUUUACCCCAUCUAAUCGGUGGUUAAUGCCAUAAUUCGAGAAAGUUGUUAAGGUCUGACUUUCUCGUAAGACUCGGAAAAAAUACUGACAAUUUUAAAAAUUUUUUUUUCAAAAAUUUGCUCAGUGAAGUAUAAAUUAAACUUCACUAGUAGAUACAUAAGGACUUUAACUAUUAGAUAAGAAUUAAUUUUAUGCAUGAUCUAAUAUUUUUUAUUUAACAUUGAUGGCGAAAGGACCUCCUUAAGUGUCAAUUUAACGUAACCUUAUUUUUGAAAUAAUUAAAUUUUAUUUUUUGUAACAAGUAACAAUGGCUCGAAAAAGUUUUGGAAGUGUUAGAGAAAAAAGAAGAGUUUCUGAACUUCUAAAAAUUGAAAAACAUACUGAGAUAUUCGCUUCAAUGUGUCCAGAUGAAAUUUUAGAUCAUUAUAAUGAUUAUAGUACUAGAGAAUAUUAUACAACAUUGAUGCUAGGAGAUAUUUCAGGGUUUACUGAAAUAACAGAAAAAUAUACACGGUCUGGAAAAAGUGGUCCAUCAAAAUUAACAGAGACACUUAACAGUUAUAUCGGUCCAAUAGUUCAAGAAAUUUUGUCUCAUCAUGGAGAUGUUUUAAAAUUUUCGGGAGAUGCAUUUAUCGUUAUGUGGAAGUUACAAGAAGGAAUGAUGAUGCGAGAUAUGGCGACAAAAGCUAUGCAGACAGCUUGUAUAAUUCAAAAACACUUUGGAACUUAUAGUACCGAUAUUGGAGUUACUUUAAAAGUAAAAUUAGCCAUUGCUUCUGGAAAAAUAAAUUUUACAUCAGUUGGUGACCCGCAGCAAAUGUCUCAUUACAUUAUAACUGGUAAACCUGUCUGGGAUGUUAAACAUGCAGAAACUCUUUGCAGAGGCGGUGAUAUUCUCGUGGCUCCAAGUAGCUGGCAAUGGGCCAACCCAAGCGAUUAUGUCUUCAAAAUUCUUCCAGAUCGACACACACUUAUUUUAGCGAGUUCAACAAUGUGGGAGCACUCUAAAGAGGAUUACAAAGAUGAAUCAUGUAUUUCUUCUCUGGAUAGUGAUAAAACCAACUCGACAGAAACUACAGGAGACGAAGAUAAUCCGUACAAUAAAGAUUCCUCGGUUGUUGCUCGUUUUGAAGAUCAUAUUAGAAAUGAUGCUUUCAAGUCCACUAUUGAUUACAGUCUUAGACCAAAAGUAGUUAAUGUAACUGCACAUCACUUAAAAAAUGAGUUACGAAGCUAUAUGCUGAAGCCAGUAGUUCGAUCCGUUGAACUGAAUGAACCACUGGAACAUCUUGCUGAAAUUCGUCAGGUUGUAAUUGUUUUUAUAAAUGUUGUUACUGACAGCAACGUCAAAAAAAGAACUUUAAUUUCUAUUGUUAACAAAGCUUUCAAGCGUGUCUGUGGGAUCGUUGAUAAACUUCAAGGAUGUGUAAAUAAAGUAUCAUUAUUCGACAAAGACCUUAUGUUUCUAUGCAUAUUUGGUCUUAGAGGUGGCAAACAAGAAUUAGAAACUCAAAUAGGACUUCGCUGUGCUUCAAAGUUGAAAAGUGCGCUAUCUGCUUUUGAAAAUAUUAAUUCUGUGACUGUAGGAGUGUCAACUGGUAUGACUUACUGUGGAGUUGUGGGUCAUACUCUAAGAAGAGAGUAUACCGUUAUUGGAAUGCCAGUCAAUAAAGCUGCUAGACUUAUGGUUGCUUAUACUAAUAAAGUUGUUUGUGACAGAGAAAGUUUUCUUUACUCACGGCUUGAAUCCGGACAUUUUAUUCUGCAAGAAGCCAAGUAUUUAAAAGGAAUUUCAAAUGUAGGUCCUGUAUAUGAAUUUCUUGAACAAGUCCAAGUUCAAGAUUCAGAAAUGACAACAACAGUGUAUCCAUUACUAGGCCGGACAAUUCAAUUGAAAUUAUUUGAAUCGUUAUUGGCUGAAGCUCGGAGUAAUUGGAAUAAUUCGGAGUUUUCAUUGGAAAAUACCAAUAUUUUAUUAAUUAGAGGUGAACCUCGAGUUGGACGAACGCGAUUACUAGAUGAAAUAUCAAAAAUUAUUCCCGAUAAUACUGCUUGCAAUUAUAUAAGCCUUACAGAUAAUGACCAAGAAGUACCAUAUUCCUUUAUUAAUUUUAUAUUCUGUGUUCCGCUGGGCUUCAAAAUCGAAACAACCAAAGAAGAUCGUGAAAAAAUUCUUUCUGAUCAUUUAAAGUCUACUGAUGGAAAAGAAUAUUUUUAUUUAUUAAAUGAAAUAUUUAACGUUGACUUUAAAUUUAGUUUACGUAAAUCAACUUUGUUGGAAGACGAAAAAAAACAGCGUGUAGAUGAAUUCAUUGCCAAGUUGGUGGAAGAGUGUUUCAAGGACUUAUGGGUGAUUUUGAUUGAUGACGCCGAGUUUAUUGACAAGGAAUCCCUCACUUUAAUUCCAACAAUUAUUAAUCAAGAAAGAAUUUUUUUUGUUUUUAGUCUGAUUGACGAUGAAAAAAAACUCUACGAAGUAUUAGAAAAAAAAGCAAGAAUAGUCAAUCUUGAAGGACUUGAUAAGUGGUAUCAUGCAGGUCUGGUUUGUCAAUUUUUAAGAGUCGUUGCUAUCCCUCCAGAAUUAGAAAAAGUUAUUCAAGAAAGAAGUAUGGGUAAUUCAGGUUGGAUUGAAAGUUAUCUCAUAAGUUUGAUGCAAGUUGGAGGCAUUGAAAUAAAAAGAGUCUCGAGAGAAAUGUUAAAAAAAAUGGGUCUAGUUACUCCACCUAUGAAGAUGAUUAAAACACAAUUGCCAUCUGGUUCUCGUAUAGAAGAAAAAGGUGAAAUUUCAACACGGGACGAUGGAUGGAGAAUGUAUGAAAAUAGUUACGAGGAAACUAUUUCGGUAAUUGGUGACGAAGAAAUAGAAGAAGAAGAAAUAGAAAAUAAAGAUGUUUUCAUUUGUACAGUUCGGAAAAAUUUUCAACUUGAGGAUGUUAAUGCCGAACUUGCCACAGACGUUUUGUUUCUCAAACUAUUUGAUUCGCUGAAACCGAUGGAUCAAAUUUUGUUGAAAUGCGCUGCCGUACUGGGAGAGACUAUUAAUAGAAGUUUGCUGGAAAAACUUAUGGAAAAAACGUCAAUUCGAGAUAUUGGCUUGUCGGUAAUAAAUCUAUUUGAAAAACGAAUUAUCGGAUGUGCAGCUGGAGAUUUCACUAGGAGUCUGGGACCUAAAAUAUUCACUAGCAAAUUUAGGAAUUUAUACGAUAAUAUUAAAAUUAAAUGCGGAUGCAUAAAUGUUGAAACACGAGAGCCACUUAUUGAUCUUCCUAAAUAUGCGUCUUGUAAUUUACUACGAUUUAAAAUCGCAAAAUCUCGUGAAAUAACUUACAGAUUAUUAACUGAAAAUCAAAAAAUCGAGCUUCAUAAAAAAGCCUUAAGAUACAUAGAAAAUAAUACUAAAAGAUGUGAUUCUUGUGGGAAUAAAUUUUUUAAAAAAUUAUUGAGUUCUGAUCAAGAAUAUUUGAAAAAUUCAAAAGGAAAAAUUGAUCUUGAUGAUAUUUUAGAACUUUCAAGUCCAUAUCGAAUUUACAAAAAUUUAAAGAAUCAAAAAAAAAAAGAAAAUUCGAAGAAAUGGUACUUUAAACUUAUGAAGCAUUCAGAAACAGAAAUAACGCCCCAAUUGUUUUCUGAUUUAAACUUUACUAACUGUCAGUGUAAUUUAAUUCUCAUUACUACUUAUUCACAAAUUUUAGACCACUGCAUGGGUAUCGAUCGUAAAGACAAAGCAUUAACAACGAUGUUAGAAUUUGCAAGAGUGCUUUUAGAAAUUUCUAAUGUACCUCAAGCUAAAAAACUCUUAAACGAUGCAGAUGAUAUUUUAAGUCGUAUAUUUAAAGCACGAGAUGAUGAAUUAGUUACCGUACCUUAUUUAAAAGGAAAAAUAAAAACACUACAAGCCAAGUGUGAUUUACAUACAGGACAAAUUGAAGAAGUUAAAAAUAAUUUAAAAGAAGCAAUACGAAAUAUGGGUUAUUGGUGGCCUAAUAGUAAUCCAAUUAUUCUAUUGAAAGCAAAAUAUUUCUUCCAACAACUCAAGUUUAUAAUGUGUAAAAAGAAUCACAUGAUCAAUGAAUACAAUGGUGAUGCCACUAAGUAUCAUGAUCAACUUUCGCAAUGUCUAUCGGAAAUGUUUAUCAUUCUUCAGAUGGAAGGAAUGUAUGAACAUGCUCAACUUGCAGCAGCUUGGAGUUUGAGUUCUGCGUUAAUGUCAAAAAAAGAAUUAGUUACACUUUGUACAGCUUUUGCAAACAUUAUAAUUGUUGGGCAUACAUUUAAUAACGAGGUGUUUAUGACGAAUAUAGAAAACGAAGGGAUGAAAUUCUGCAACAAUAAAAGCGCUGAUCUUACUGAACAAGAAUUAAAGUCUAUAGUUAAAUUAUAUACUAGUAUUUUUUACGCUCGUUUAUCGAGAAAUAAAAUUAGAAAAGCUUCAGAUUUGGGUUUGAUAGUUUAUCAAAUAUCUAAAAAUGUGAGAUCUAAUUAUUUUCAAAUUUUUAUUUUAUCACAAUUAAUUUACGCAUUAAUGCUUGAAUACCGAUUUGAAGAAUUGAUUCCCUUGCUCAAAGAAUUAAAAUUAAUUUAUAAUACAUCUGUGGAUAAAUCAGUUCGAAUGUGGUACUAUGAAGUUUGUUUGUCUAUCCAAUUAGAAACAGGGAUUAAAUUGAUCUCCUUACAAAAAUGUGAACAAUAUUACCAAGAAGAAGGUAAAAUAAUUGUUGAACUAAAAGAUGUUGAAGUGAGAAGAAGAUUUUGUACUAGCAUGGAACUCUGGUUAGUAGAAAGCACUUGGAGGAUUUAAAAGAGUUAAAAUUAUAAAAUAUGUUU